CUCAGCCAAUCAGAAUUGAAUGCAAAUGAGCUCCCUCACAGCACCUCCCCCCAGCUCUAUGUCACCCUCCCUCUCUGUCUUCCUUUCUCUGUACGUCUGUCGCUUUGUUGGCUUGGACUGGGUCUCUGUGAUUCAGGGUAGCGAAGCUGUCUGGGGUAGAGUGAGAUAUAGAUAGAUAUAGGAUAGACGGAUUGUUAACGAGAGGAGAGUGAUUUGGCUGGGAAUCCACAAAGGUGUGGGAUGGAAAAGCAUCCGGGGUUUGUGGUCAGAAACCCUCAUGAGCUGUACUACCUGGCAAUGCAGAGGAGUAAAGAAAAACUUGAGAGGAGUUUGAUGGAUGAGCAACAGCAGAUAAUGCAGUCUAAGAGGAAGCUAAGGGUGUGUGUGGCGACAUGUAACCGAGCAGACUAUUCCAAACUGGCCCCCAUCAUGUCUGGGAUCAAAUUCCACCCUGACGAGUUUGAACUGGAAGUGGUGGUACUCGGUUCACAUCUCAUCGACGACUAUGGGAAUACCUUUCGUAUGAUUGAGCAGGAUGACUUUGACAUCAGCUCAAAGCUCCAUACCAUAGUCAGAGGGGAGGAUGAGGCAGCCAUGGUGGAGAGUGUUGGGCUGGCGUUGGUCAAACUCCCUGAUGUCCUACAGAGGCUCCACCCCGAUGUCCUGAUUGUCCAUGGCGACCGCUUUGAUGCCCUUGCACUAGCAACUGCUGCUGCUCUGAUGAACAUCAGGAUACUGCACCUGGAGGGAGGAGAGGUGAGUGGCACAAUUGAUGAUUCAAUACGCCACGCCAUCACUAAACUGGCCCACUACCACGCCUGUUGUACACGCAGCGCCGAGCAGCACCUCAUCGCCAUGUGUGAGGACCAUUCUCGCAUCCUGCUGGCUGGCUGCCCCUCCUAUGACAAGCUGCUGUCAGUUCACGACAGGGAAGACUACAAGGACAUUAUCAAGUGCUGGCUGGGUGAUGAGGUGCGUGAGCAUGACUACAUAGUGGCUUUGCAGCACCCGGUCACCACAGACAUCCAGACCUCCAUCAAGAUCUAUGAGCUGAUGCUGGAUGCGCUGCUCUCCUUCAAUAAGAGGACUCUCAUCCUCUUUCCAAACAUUGACGCCGGAAGUAAGGAGAUGGUGCGUGUGAUGCGGAAGAAAGGCAUCGAGCAGCACCCCAACUUCCGGGCGGUGAAGCAUGUACCCUUUGAGCAGUUCAUCCAGCUGGUCUGCCACGCUGGCUGCAUGAUCGGAAACAGCAGCUGUGGGGUACGAGAGGCUGGGGCUUUCGGCACACCAGUCAUCAACCUGGGAACGAGACAGACUGGCAGAGAAACAGGUGAAAACGUUCUCCAUGUGAGAGAUGCUGACACUCAGAAUAAGAUCUACCAUGCACUAGAGCUGCAGUUUGGAAAGAGAUACCCCUGCUCUAAGAUCUAUGGCGACGGUAAUGCGGUGCCUCGCAUUCUCAAGUUUUUGCGGACCAUCAAGUUGGACGAGCCCCUCCAGAAGACUUUCUGUUUCCCUCCGGUGAAAGACUCUUUCUCCCAGGACAUCGAUCACAUCCUGGAGACACAGAGUGCGCUUGCUGUUGACUUAGGCGGGACCAACCUUAGAGUGGCUAUUAUCUGCAUGAGGGGUAACAUAGUGAAGAAGUAUACGCAGCCCAAUCCAAAGACCUAUGAGGCCAGGAUCCAGCUCAUCCUACAGAUGUGUGCAGAUGCAAUAAGGGACGCUGUUGUCCUCAACUGUAGGAUACUGGGAGUAGGAAUAUCUACAGGCGGACGUGUCAACCCCCAGGAGGGUGUGGUCCUCCACUCCACCAAGUUGAUCCAGGAGUGGUCCUCAGUGGAUCUGAGGACGCCCAUCUCCGACGCUCUGCACUUGCCCGUCUGGGUUGACAAUGAUGGCAACUGUGCUGCGCUGGCAGAGAGGAAGUUCGGACACGGCAAGGGGGUGGAGAACUUUGUCACCAUCAUCACUGGAACUGGUAUUGGCGGAGGGAUUAUCCAGCACCACGAGCUGGUCCAUGGCAGUACCUUCUGUGCGGCCGAGCUGGGACACAUCAUGGUUUCAUUGGACGGCCCAGAGUGCAUGUGUGGUAGCCGAGGAUGUAUUGAGGCCUAUGCAUCCGGCAUGGCCCUGCAGAGAGAGGCCAAAAGACUUCAUGACGAGGAUUUGUUAAAAGUGGAGGGGAUGGAUAUGAAGCUGGUGGAGCCGGUCACUGCAGUCCACCUCAUCAACGCUGCCAGACUGGGAAACUCAAAAGCUGAGGCCGUUCUCAACACAGCAUCCACGGCUCUAGGUGUGGGCAUCACCAACAUCCUCCACAUGGUCAACCCUUCCCUGGUGAUCCUGUCUGGUGUCCUGGCAUCUUACUACCAGGCCCCGGUGCAGCACAUCAUCUCCAGCAGAGCUCUAUCCUCCACCCAAGGCAUCAAGAUUGUCAAAUCAGACCUGGAGGAGCCUGCUUUACUCGGAGCAGCCAGCAUGGUGUUAGAUUAUACUACUAGGAGAAUAUAUUAGAGGCCUUCAACUCCAAGGGCAACAAAAUCCGCCUGUUUUACUGAGGGCUGCUGCCAACAAGACAACUGUGAAAGUAGAAGUACUCUUUGUACUGUUCCGUUAAAUUCACAGGCAUAUUCAGGAAGACAUCUUGAAGGCAAUUUGAAAGCUCAUGUGCUCAUAUUAAUAUGUGAAGGUUUGGCAGCAAAAUGCUUAGAAUUUGAUAGAGUGUUCACUGAGGAACACUGAUGAAAGACGUUUUGGUGAUGGUGCCCAGGUGUACAAGAAUAAUGGAUAUUCUCUAGCCAGUAAGUCAAGUUUUCAUGCUGAAGCACACAGCCUACCUGGAUCCAUGAUGAGUGCGGUGCGGUUAAGGCUGCAAUCAUGACAAAGUAAUCACAUCCUAAUAUUUAAGACUGUUGACACCGCAGCAACCACCAAAUAUGUACAGGUCGGCACUGUUAACACUGUAACCCCCCCACCCCCACCCAAAAAAACAACAACAACAACAACAACAAAAAAACAAAAACACAGAAAUAUGCUCUGUUAAUGUACAGUGAUGAACCUAUCCACUGUGCCCAAAUCAUAUGGGCACUACAGAUCCACGAUGCCGCCCCAGCAAACUGCCAUAAACACCCUGACACACUUUACACUGUGGAGGGACCAUUUAAGACAACAGAUAUCUUAAGACAUGGGGCCCUAUUUUAACCCUUUAUUAAUUUUAACAAAUGCAACAAACAACGCUAAGCACUGUGUCCAAGCACGCGGUCAGUGUGGACGAAUCCAAACUCCCUCACUGUCCUAGUUCAUUUGUCCGCAGCGUUGCCCACAUGCGCUAAGCAUAAAGGGGUUGCAUGAAGUGUAAUACACGAAGAUAAACUAUCAAUUUCACGAAAUUCAUCAUGUAAGUGGACUAAGAUUCAUUACAAUUCAUUUUUAUUUAUUUUUUCCUUUUUUCUUAAAGUAAAGAAUGUAACCAAUGCAAUAAAGAAAAUCCAGCCCACAGCCACAAACCCUGUCACAAUUAGUCAUAACACUGCUUGUGACAAUCUUUUUGGCAGGCCCACAAAAAUAGGGCCCCCAGUGUUCAGAGAUAUCACCACAAGGGACUGAAGUCAGCAUCAUGACUGUGAACUUUGUAUGGACCCAUAGAGUAUCAAAUGUCACAGGCAUCUGAGACUGUUGAGGACAUCUUUGAAUUAAGAUGAUUUAUUGGAAUGCUUGCUUAUGUGAAGCCCCUGGUUUCACUGUGUGUAUCACAUACUGCAGCUGAUGUAGCCUUACAUUUGAUCUUCCUACAAAAGGUCCCUCUGUUUGGUAGACCUGACCCCAGUGACUAAUGUGCUUCCAAAACAUUAAUGUUAGCUUUCACGCUGCUGUUGACUGACAUGGGAGAGUUCUGUGGAGAGGACCCACAUGGAAUUACAUUUCCCCUGAUCCUAUAGAGAGGAACCCAGCCUGACAGAGUGACAUUUAAUUCAUUUUACUUUAGACAUUUUGUUUUAUAUGAUGCAAGUGCUGCUUUGGAGAUUUUUUUAUUUUUCAUGCCACCAAGAAAAAUAUGUGGCUCAGACACACUUUGUGUUACAUGUCCUGUAAACAUUCCCAGUUUAUAAUAUAGCAGCAAAUGCUAUAGUUCACUCACUGGUCAGAGAAUAAACAAAUAUAGUAUAUCCUGACACUAUCACUCCAAGGUACAUUUUUAUAAAAUUCUACCAUAUGAUGCAGGGUAGUGUAAAGCAGAUACUUAAAUCAUCCACUGGUGAAAGACAUCAGGAUUGAAAGUCCAGGUGAUGUCACAUUACAUAAUCAAGAUUUAAUAAAGGUGUAGAGCUGCUUUAAAAAAGCAGCUUUCAAGGACAGUGAAUACACUCACCAUCUUCAUGCUGAAAUGGCCAAUACGGGCAGGAAGCCAUCCUCUGUUCUGAAAGUAUGGCUCAGUUUUACGUAUAUCCUUGAUUAGAGGAGAGGUUUUAGAUGUGAGAAGUUUUAGCUGUGACCAAAAUAUCGAUUAAAUAUGAUCUCUUGCCAUAUCGUUUUAACCCCUUAGUUACUUUCUCACCCUUUUCUGUUGGUCUUGAUGUAUAAAAUGUACAAAAUGUUCGCGAAAUUAUGAAACAUCUGAAAUCACUGCAAAAUGUAAAUGUUAAAUUUAUCUUAUCUGUUUCAAAAUGGAGAAUUUCAUGUUACAUUUAUUUGUUUUUUGUUGUUUUACGAUACUAUUUAAAGUAAUCAAGUGCUUUUAAGAAGAUAUCAGGUGACGAGAGUUGAGUUUAAAUACUAUACAUGCUUAUUAUAUGCCUUCAAGAAAAAUGAUUAUUAUUGUAAUUAUUAUUAUUACCAUCAGAAAUGUUAUCUGCUGCACAUAUUACAGUAUGUGACCUAUACAUCAUCUCAUACAAUUUGGGGGAUUUUUUUAAAUUAUUAUUUUCAUUAUUAUAAUUAUUAUUAUUAUUAUUUUCAUGUUAGUGGUUUAUUUGUGCAAGUCCGUUUAAACACAUCAAUGCAAUCAUCUACAUGUAAACAUUUUUUUAACAUGGGAACAAUUUUUUUUUUUUUUUUUUCCAGACAAGUCACUUGAAAGCUGCUUUAUAGCGUAUAAAUGCUACUGACAAUUGGGUAUACAUUUUGGUAUAUCCUUUUAAUUUGAAUUAAAUAUGGAAAUCUAUUUUUCAUAACUGUCAUAAUGCACCCUAAGACAGAAUACCGUUCUAUUUUACUUUAAUGUUUACAGCUGAAAUAAAUGUGAAACUCAUGUUGGCCACAUGUUGUCAGGCCUUGUGACAGAAGUUCACUCAAAGAAUUUAAUAAAUGCUUCCAAAGAAUCAGAGGAUAAACAAAGGUGUGAUUAGGGUGAUGGUGUUUCAGGGGGCUCGAUAUCGCAGUUUCACAUCGGGGCUGCAGCAGCUCCACAUUAUAAAAUGAUUCCGGUGUAGUGCCUACUGUUUGAAUAUUGUUCUGUUAUCAUAUGUCACAUCAAGGGCCCAUUCAUUGUCAGUCCAGUUAAAUCAAUUACAUGAAACUCUUCAGUUUACUUUUUUUAUUAUUGUAAUUGUGGGGUCCCUUCUUAUUCUUGCAGUCUCAUGCUGGUCUUAUGUGUUUAUGUGCUCAAUCUAUGCUGAACAUAAAUUGCAUGUUUACUUGCAUGUUGCUUUUUUUGUCUUUCAUUUUAAUCAUUCCUCUGUUAGUUAUAGAUUUACAGUUUACAGAGAGUAAACUGUUGAGAUCAUAAACAAGUUUGGAAACUGAAUCAAAAUUGAAUUGUUUUGAUUCAUUUUUGUUUGAGUCACCGCAACACAGAUUUCUGGGACAAACUGUGCUGAAUGGUUUCCCCUAAUGGUGACAGACAAACAGCGACAUUGUAAUGCCUUAUGAAUUUGCACCAUUAUGUUAAAUAUCUAACCAGUGAAGCUACAAUGAAUCACCUCAAGUGUUGUUUAUUUUGUGUUGCAGAAGAACAGACGUGUCUCUGUUUGCCAAGACUUUUAUGAGGGGCUUCUUCCAAAAUGACAGUUUGAUCACUGAAGAGUUUUAGAUGGAUGUGAAGACUGUGUAAACCUCAUUCCAGCAACUAGAUCUGAACCCAGCUGCAUUCUUGGAGUAGAUUGUGGAGCAGCACUUUACAUGUUGUCUUUUAAGGUGUCACAGUGAGGAAUUUCAGCUGUUGGAACAGUGCCAAGUCCCUCCAAAAGAAUUUGAAUCUUUGCUAAGUCACAUUAAAGCUGUUCUGGGGCCCAGUACCUCGUCAAGAC